AUGACUGCUGGAUUCGAUCUAUCUGAUCUUAAUACUAACAUCCAGUCUCACAGUGACUACAUUGAUCAAACGCUAAGUUUAAUACCAGCCAAGUAUUAUUUUAAAAAUGAAUUGAGGGAAGAAGAUUCAGACACAGAUCAGAAUAUUCGGCCUCAACCGAACAAAAGAAAACGAACAGAUAAACAGGCAUUGAAAGAAAAAAGACAGAGAACUAAGCGAUUAAAGCUCGAUCCCAAAAAUCUUAAAACCGUGACCGAUAUACAACAAGAAAAACUUCUUAAAAAGCAGUUGGCACAACAACUGAACGGUCAGGCGGAAAACGACCAUCCAUCCGCUUUACCUGAUAAAGUCGACAAUAAUGAUGAAAAAAACCUUGUGCCCGAGAAACCUCGAAAAGCACCAGGAAACAAAAUAAUAACUGUGGCUGAGCGUCUUGAUAAAUUCCGAGCUGCCAAAAAAUCUACUAUGGCAACCAACUCAACGUCAGAUGAGAAUCACAUAGAUAAAAACGGGCUUGAAAAUUCCGGCGCCAAGACAAAGAGUAACAACAAUACUGAUACAGAUAAGAAAGACGAAGGAAGCGAUCAAAAAAGUAGCAAAGGGGAUCAAAAGAUUAUUUUUAGUAAACUCAACUUUGACGAUGAGGCGAAAAAACCCAAGAAAAUUAGCGAAGUACAAAUGCUGAAUAAGUUGGAAACUAAGAAGAAGAAGGUGGAGAAGGUGAAGCAAGUGGAUCCUAAAAAGGCUGAAGAAAUUAAAGAAAAGGAAACAUGGCAGAAAUUGAUUCAGAAAGCACGCGGAGAGAAAGUCAAAGAUGACACCAAAUUAUUAAACAAGACGAUAAAACGCAAUCAGCAGCAGAAGAAGAAAAGUGAUGAAGCAUGGAAGGAGAGAGCAGAAAGCGUCGAAAAGAGUAAGAUGGAAAGGCAAGCAAAGAGAAUGGAGAAUAUCAAAGCACGUGUUGAAGCAAAGAAGAAAAAGAAGCAAAAAUCACGAAAAUAA